UUAGUAAAUUUCCUACCGUAAAUAUAUCAAAACUUAAUUUUUGAUUUUUGCUAAAAACUUCUUUUGGACAACUUUAAAAGCAGUUCUCUCAAUAUUUUUAUUUUUUUGCACCCUCAGAUUCCAGAGUUUCAAAUAGUUGAAUCUCAGCCAAAUAUUGUCCUAUCCUAACAAACCAUCUAUGGAAAGCUUAUUUAUUCAGAUAGGUGACAUAUAAAUCUCACUUUCAAAAAAAUAACCCUCAUGACUGGUUUUGUGGUCCAGGGUCACAUAUAUUAAAAACAGAUCUUUUAGACUGUAAUAAUAUUUCACAAUAUUAAUGGUUUUACUGUUUUUUUGAUUAAAUAAAUGCAGACGUAGUAGAACAAGAAAUUAUCAGUAAGAAGAACGAGUUAAUUUUAUUCAUAUGUACCCUACAUCUCCUCAAUUUUGUUUCAUUACUACUAAGUAAUGUAGUUUUAGAAGCUGCACAACACUCACUUUAUCAUCUACAUUCUUCAAUCGAGCAAUCAUCACGCGCACGCGCCCACGCUGCUCGGCUCGUUGAGUGUUUACGGUAGAUCUCGCCUCUAGUCCUGAGUGAAACUAGUAGUUUGAUCGCUCAUUUCAUGAGCGUGGGUUGACAGCUCUCCGCUUGUUGCUGAGUCUUCCCAGUACUUCACGUCAAGAUUAUGGGCUUUGAUCUAGACCGUUUUGAAGGUCCCGUAGAUCCGGACUUUAUCUGUAAACUGUGUGGGAAAGUUUUAGAGGAUCCUCUCAGCACUCCGUGCGGACAUGUCUUCUGCGCCGCCUGCGUGCUUCAGUGGCUCUCCAAAGUCAGCAGCUGCCCUGUCCAGUGCCAGAAGAUCUCCACCAAAGAGCUGAACCACGUCCUGCCCCUAAAAAACCUCAUUCUCAAACUGAACAUCAAAUGCGACCAUCGUGAACGAGGCUGCAAUCAAGUGAUGAAGCUCCAGCAUCUGUCAGAGCACGCAGAGACGUGCGAAUUCUCUCCGGUCCGGUGCGGGAAUGAAGGAUGCGACGCCGUGCUCAACUUGAAGGAUGUGGCUUCGCACAUGCGGGAGAGAUGCGAGCACAGGGCAGUGGAGGUUUGCAAGAAUGGAUGUGGACUCGCGCUGAGCCUCAAGGAGAGGACGGAGGACCACAACUGUCUCCAAGCUCUUAAGACACACAGCGGUCUCCUCCAAACCAAAGUGCUGAGUCUGGAGAAGGAGCUGAAGCGCCAGUCGCUGAGCUCCAGUAAGAGGGAGAGAUCUCUCCUCUCCAAACUCUCCGCGCUCCACUGCGAGCUGCACAUCACAGCGCUCACAUUUCAGAAGAAAAUCACCGAGUACAAGAGCAGGAUUGACGCGCUGUCAAACAGCUGGAUGCCUCUCGAUAAGGGUGAAGAAACAAGGAGCCUCAAGGUCACCCUCGACAGAGCAUCAGGAUCUCUUGGAUUCAGUAUCAUUGGAGGAAGAUUGUGUGAGGAGCCAGAGCAGCAUGGGGAUUUCAGUGAUGGCAUCUAUGUAUCCAAGAUAGUGGAAAACGGAGCGGCUGACAAGGCCGGACUGCGUGUUCAUGACAGGAUCAUUGAGGUAAAUGGAAGAAGCCUUUCUGUUGCCACCCAUGAUCAAGCAGUGGAGGCUUUCCAAUCUGCCAAAGACCCUAUUGAGGUUCAGGUACUGCGCAGGACAGCACAUAGGACUUGCAAGUCUCUUAAACCAGCCAGAGGAAUGGACAACAGCACUCAGACAAACAUUACACUGAAGUACUUGAAACACAUAGAGUCUUUGGCCAAGUUACCAACACCUUCAGCACCAUGUAUGAUUAUGCUGGACAGUUUCCAUUCACCCUCACAAUCUCAGAGGCCAAGACGUGAUUCACCUUACCCCUCAGACUUUCAUGAUGAUGAACAGGAAGACAGUGAGAGUAGAAGAGUGGAGUAUGAGGAGGUGGAUCUGCAGAGGAAAACCACUCAGGAUAAGCUUGGCCUGGUGUUAUGUUAUAAGACGGAUGAAUCGAAGACUGACAUUUAUAUAAGCAAGAUUGAUCCAGAAGGAACUGUAGCAAAGGAUGGCAGAGUCCAGGAAGGAGACCAGAUUAUCCAGAUCAAUGGAGUGGACAUCCAGAGCCAUGAGGAGGCAGUGAAACUUCUGACCAAGGUGGAGGAGAGUAAGAAUGUAACCCUCCUAGUGGCUCGACCAAAAAGUCAGGAUGUUGGCUGGUUGGAGGAGGAUAGAAACAACUUAGAUGACUUGCACAUGGGCACACUGGAGCAGCAACAUCACAAGGUCAAGGAGUUCACUGCAAGUGCGCUGCUGCAGAGCACAAAUGAAGAAGAUGGAGGCACUACAGAUACAGCUACUUUACUAUCCAACCAGCAUGAGAAAGACAGCGGCGUAGGCCGCACAGAUGAAAGCACUCGUAAUGAUGAAAGCUCCGAGCAGGACAUCUUGGGGGAUGACCAGAAUUCCUUCUGCGACACUCUGCCAGAAAACCACAAGAAGUUUAAAUACAAUCAGGACACUGUUGAAAGUGGGGAUAUGCAUUUAAGCAAUGACUCUUUCCUUUCAGUUGACAAUGGAGACAGUGGAAAUUUCCUUGGCAUACCUGGCACAGCAUGUGAACGUUUCCGGAAACUUCUUGAACUGAAAUCUCUGGUAAAUGGUAACAGUCUUCAGGGAUUUCUGGAGCAUGAUACCACACUAUAUGGAAAGAGGGUUAAUGUAGACUCUGAUGAUCAGGAGAUUCAGAUGCUUAAUGAGGAGCUGCUGAACAUUGAGCUUAAAUGCCUUAAUAUCAUACAAGCACACAGGCUUCAGGCUGAAGGUGAUGAUCUGCAAGCCAAAAAACCCAUUGCCAAGCAAGUCCAUCAGGACCACAUCAAUAUCCAAGUGGACAAUGAAGGCUCUACUAGUGCUUACAACACUGGAGAGAGUUGCUGGAGUUUACAUCCUGCACUGGAGUCAGAUUCUCCUGACUCCCAAAGGAUGGUUGCUGGAGACAAGGGUAAAGUUUCUCCCAUGCAUAGACGCAACUCAACAGCAGGAUGCUCCAAACAUCACCUCUCUCCCAUUCAAGAGAUCAGCCCCACCAAGAGUUUACCUGGAGAUCCAGAGGUCACAAAUCAGGGGAAAAGAAAGCAGAAAAAGAACCCAAGGAAGAAUCUUUUGAGUUCCUUACGUCAUUCCAAGAACACGUACAUCCCAGCCCAUGCACAGCAUUAUCAAAGCUACAUGCAACUUAUCCAGCAGAAGUCGGCUGUGGAAUAUGCGCAGAGUCAAGUCAGCUUAGCCAGCCUGUGCAAGAAUGCAGAAACCACCCCCAGUGAGUCCCAGCCCAAGACGGGGUGGAAGGUAAAGAUCCGUAGCGAUGGAACAAGGUACAUCACCAAACGGCCCAUCAGAGACCAGCUUCUGAAAGAGCGAGCUUUGCGUAUACGAGAAGAACGCUGCAGCGCAACUACAGAUGACGAUGCGGCAAGCGAACUAAAACUGGGUCGAUACUGGAACAAGGAGGAGCGUAAACAGCAAGCGGCACGAGCCAAAGAGCAGCGCCAGCGGCGAGAACUCAUAAAGCAGUGUGGCUUAGAGAGCAAAGAAAAAGCAGUAACGAUGGAUGACAAGAAGGAGCCUGAUAUUAUUCAGCUUAGCCGUAAAAAGAUGAUGAAGAGGAGGAACAAAAGGAUAUUUGACAACUGGAUGACCAUUCAGGAGCUGCUGACACAUGGCACAAUGUCUACAGAUGGUACAAGACUAUAUAAUUCCUUUCUUUCUGUGACUACAGUAUGAGGGAUUGUUUGGUUUAGGGCACUUUACUAGUUUACUGUGUAAAAUUGUGUGAGGGUUGGUGUGGGAAAUCUUGCCUCAUUUAAGGAGGUGGGUCAUUUAGGAACUCAACUGAAAAUCUGCAGAGAUCUGUGAGACACAACAGUUGGAGUCAUAGCAGUUUUUAUAUCUUAAAGGAUUAGUUCACUUCCAGAACAAAAGUUUCCUGAUAAUUUACUCAUCCCCAUGUCAUCCAAGACGUUCAUGUUUUUCUUUCUCCAGUCGAAAAGAAGUUA